GACGGUGGGUCAUGUGAAUGUAAAACUGGAAGUGAAAUACCGUGAAAUAAGAAGGAGCUACGGAGUUUUAGUUUAGUCAGUUGCUGCUCCCCUAAGAGUACGGGACAUUCCAGUAAUCUUCAUUACAGCUCGUCUACACAAGGGAAGGGGCAGUUCCGCUGAUUAAACCGCUGCUCACUCUCACUUUUAUUCUCUCAGUGGUCGAAGUGUAACCAGAUCUACAACAGUGACAGGACAAUACUAAAGCCCAGGACUCGAGCUGAACCUAGUUUGAAAAUGCAGAAAGGGUCGUUCUUUCUCGGCAAAUCUUCACGGAUGUCCCAUAUAGGACUACUCGGAAUUUGUUUUCUCUCACUAGUUGCAGGUGCACUAGAAUGUCCUCUUCAAAUCAGCCCACAGAGUGUUGUCGUGAGGUACGGUGAUUCUGUAUCAGUAAACUGCAGCACUUCAGUCACACAUGAUGGGAUGGGAUGGGAAUCCACUAAGGGAGGAGUGCCCCUGUCCAAAGCCAGUCUGAUCACAUGGAGAGUGUCACAGCUGACAGACUGGGAGAUAGAGCCACCAUUCUGCUACAUAAACUAUGGCCAACAACAACAAUGUGAAGUAGCUCUCCCAGUCACUAUUUACAAGACUCCAGACAGUGUUUCCAUCAGCACUGCGAAUCAAGCAAUGACAGAGGGAAACCAGUAUGAGCUCCAGUGUGACAUUCAUAAUGUGGCUCCUGCUCAGAAUCUCACUGUCAACUGGUACAAAGGAGAAACUCUGGUGAAUCAAACCAACUUUACUGACAACACCAAGAGUCCAGUCAAUAAAAUAAUUAGACUCCCGAUCCAUCCAGACAGAGCUGAUGAUGGAGCUCAGUACAGAUGUGAAGCAGAGCUGAACCUGGGAGAAGAAGGACCUCAACCUCAUCCUAAAAACACAUCUGAACCUCUCAGCAUUACUGUACAUUUUAAACCAACCAUCCACAAACUGCCCUCCACAGUGUCUGUGGUACGAGGCUAUUCAAAGGUGGUAGUUUGUAAAUCGGAAGGACAUCCAAAACCAACAAUCAGCUGGAGUGACGGCACAAACACAGUUAAUGGUGAAAACUUUACUAUAACAGAGUCCACAGCUGAGAAUCUGACCUGCACUGCAACCAAUGCCGUCGGCAGCUCCAGCAGAUCAGUGACAGUGGUCAUUCAAGACUUUUCCAUCAGCGCUGUGAAUUACAUUGAACCAAUGAUAGAGGGAAACCAGUAUGAGCUCCAGUGUGACGUUUACAAUGUGCCUGCGGCUCAGAGUCUCACUGUCAACUGGUACAAAGGAGAAACUCUGGUGACUCAAACCAACUUCACUAACACAUUUGAGAGUCCAGUCAAUAAAACCUUUAUACUCCUGAUCCAUCCAAAACGAUAUGACGAUGGAGCUCAGUACAAGUUUGAGCUGAAACCUUUGGAAAUAUCAAAGUCUGUCAACAUUACUGUAAAUUUUAAACCGGUCAUCAAUGAGACCAUACUGCCCUCUGUGGUGCCUGUGUUUCGAGGUUAUCCAGUGAAUCUUUCUUGUAUAGCUGACGGAAAGCCAAAACCAAUAAUCAGCUGGAAGCACAAAAAUGGAAUCAUUUACAGGGAAUAUCUUACCGUAACAGAGUCCACGCCUGAGAACGUGGUGUGCGUUGCAAACAAUUCCAUUGACGCCGUCCGCAGAGAAGUAAAAGUGAUCUUAAAAGAGGAUUACCUGCCCUUAAUAGCAGGACUUAUUGCUAUCACAGUGGCGUUCAUCUCAGUCAUCUUCAUCUUCAUCUACUCGAUCUACUACAAAACUGCCAAGAUGGGCCGCUAUAGCCUGAAGGAUGCCAAGCCUAGUGCGCAAAAUGGAAACAUAGCACAGAAUGGCAGAGACAACUCUAUCCCUAUGAAGAAGCUCUCUCAGAGCAAUAUCCUAGCGUAACUUGUGCACCUCUGGCUUUGCUGGAUCUGCUGAGCCUGAAUGUCCACAAUGGGAUUUUUACACUGGAAGUCUCUUGGCCUCUAUUUUUAUGUGGCUAGUUUCUUCAUGGCUCCAUUUUUUUUUUUAUUUUACAGAUUAGUGGUUCAUUAAUUUCACCAAAGACCCAGAAGUUUCACAAAAAUGCUACUUUUAAGCUUCAUGCUGUGGACCAGAGGAAAAUAUCUUUCGCCCCAUUCACAUGGGGCUUCAGCAUCAGCGGUUGACUGAGGGCGUGUCCGAAGUUGGGGCUAACGCGAUCGUCAUAGCAGCGUCAGCCAAUGAAAUUCAGUCAGCAAUAGGCCACUGUCUAGCUGGUGUAUUUGCAUACAACGAUCUGAUUGGCUGACGCUUCCAUCGGCGCUUGAAAAGUUAGUCCCAACUUCUGCAGCAAGCACACCUCUAAAGCGGCGGAUCCGGAUGAAUGGGAAGCGUUGACGCUGAUGCCCCGUGUGGAUGGGGCGUUAGAUAUGUUGUUGAGAUGAUAUGCUGAAUUUAGUUCAUUUCAAGGCCUCUGAUUCCUGCUGUGGACAUUUUUAGGAAUCUUAGGUCUUGAAAUGGACAUCAACUGCAAAGUGAAAUUCUGUUGUUGAGUAAUAUUUGCUUUGUAGACCAGGCUAAGGGCCCGUUUACACUAGUGCGUUUUAGUUUUAAAACAACGUUUUAGAUCAAAAACAAUCCGCGUCCACACUAGCGUUUCACCUAGCGUCUCUGAACAUAUCUCCGUUCACACUAUGCUACCAAAAACGUAUAUCACGUGACCAUUUGCGCACUCUGGGCAUGCGCAUUCUAGUAUAAACAGAAAGCAUGCGUCAUGCUCAGCAUUUGGUUAUUGUUAGUCAACAAACGCCGGUUGAACAUUGAACGCAAUGGCAACGGAGGCAAGAGAGGUAUUUUUGUGGACAGACGACGAGGUCGAGUUGUUACUAAACGUGACAAAUGAAUAACUGAACAAUGGUGCCUAAAACAGACAAUAGUGCAAACAACGCUUCCAUUUCUGUGUUCAUGUUGUUGUUUACAGUGCUGUCUUCCGGUCGCGUUAAAGCCUUGUAUUAUAGUCAUGUGAUAGGGACUUGACGAAUAAGGGAAGCAUACGCAAUGACACAAAAGCCCCAAUCAGGUAGCGAAUCUCAGCAGUCCCGCCUCCGUUUUCAGAUGUCUCCGUUUGCCUCAUCCACACUGAGACGGAGCAGCAGCGUUUUAGAAUGAAAACCGCCUCUCCAGCAUUUCCAAAACACUCCGUUUUCGGCAUUUGAGAACUCCGGCGUAGUGUGGACGGAUGGCGCAACCGUAGCAAAACGUAUGCGUUUUAAAACGUAAACGCAUUAGUGUAAACGGGGCCUAAGGGAAUAGCACGCUUGUUGGUUUGUCUAACAAGACUAUGCUUGUGUAUAUGUCUCUGGCACAUUGAUCAAUAUGAUUAUUUAUGUUUUGUCUAAUGCGAUUUAUUGAUAAAGACACUAUAGUUAUAAAGCUGUAAUCCGUUAUUUUCAGUUCCUCUGGUGAAACCCGCACUUUAGAUUUUAGAAAUAUAGCUAGAAGUGAAAGCUUGAAUGCUGAACCUGUGGGAAAAAAAUCAGAUGAAGUUUUGAACGUUCUCUCAGGCCUUGCAGCCUGUUAAAUAAUCACUGGACAUGAUAUGUGUGCCAGUUUUAUGGCUUGAGCAGUGUAAUGAAGAUAGCAUUGUUCAUCAAUAAUGUCCGUCAUCAUUUUAUCAUAAUUAGACGUUUUGUAUGCUUAUUUUUUAUCACAAAACAAAUUUAUGAUUCAUUUCUUUUAAAUGUGAGCUGCUGUAUGGACGACAUGAGCUUGAGUAUAUGGUGACAGGUUUUUCAUAAUUGUAUGAAGUGUCCUUUUUAAGUAAGUCACUGAAUCUCUGUGUUUUCAUGUUGAAUGUAUAUCCAUGUGCUGGUGGGGUUUUAAAUUUAUUUGUGGAACUUCCACUGCUUAACCUUAUCAGUACAAUGUGAUUUGAAUUUGUAAAUAUUUUUUUGUUUAUAGCAAACAUAAUUUGUUAAAAAAAAAGAAACUAAAAUAAAAAUAUUUGUGCUUUUA